GUCUUGCAAUUCUACAGGUUGUUGUCAUUUUAUUGUUAUUUUUGCGUUGCGAUAGAAAAUUAUUUUCCUCGACACUCCGCCAGCCGCCACUGAGUGACUCAGUAUUAGCUGAUCUUCUUUAGAAAUUAGAAGUGUAUUGUAUCGUUUAACAUUAAGUAAACAGUUUUUUUGUUUAAGAAAAGUGAUAUUAUAGAUUAUUUCUACUUCAGUUACUAUAGUAGAUUUUAAUGUGUUUCAAUAAAAAUAUCAAUUAUAUACUAUUGUUUUAUGACUGUUAGAAGACUUGUGUUGUUUUACUAGAAAAUAUAGAAGAUACAGAAGAAUAUGAUACGGACACUAGUAGCCUAUACGGCUACGUUGUCGCUGCUACUGGGUGUGCGUGGGCAGCCCAUAGAGUGUCAGUUCGAUGACCAAUGCCAGAGCGGCUUUUAUUGCGUUUCUGAUGCUUUCGUCUGCCAAAGAUGUCUCAACUGUGAGCUGUUAAAGCGCGACCCAUCACGUGCUCCCUCCACCUGUAUUAAGUCGGUUGCGGAGUGUGGAUCAUGUAUCAAAGGGCUUGUGGAAGAUCUGCGGGGCGACGUGAGUGCCGAAUGCGUGCAGCCCGACCCGCGCGGCGAUGCGUCGUCGCCAUCCGUAUUCGUGUGGGUUGCGGUCGCCAUCGGCCUGCUACUGUUCCUCGUGUUGGUCGCCGUCAUUCUGAUCUGCCUACUCCGUAACACCUACACCUAUAAGAUAUUGGCCUCGAUGCGCACGUCGGUGCAGUCGCAGGGCGCGGGCGCGGGCGCGGCGGCGGGCGCGGGCGCGGGCGGCGUGGCGAGCGCGCCCGAGCUGCCGCCCGCGUACGAAGCGCACUACAGCGCCGCGAGGGCGCCCGAGCCGCCUCGCUUGCACGACUACUGCACUCAGCACAACGGUGAAGAAUCAUCUUGGCCCUUCAUAAAGCGAGCGCCAUCCACGCGUGUGUCGGAAGCGCGCGAGUCGGCGGGCAGCCAGGCCGCUCGCGUGUACAACAACCCCAACUACGUGCGCGGCCCGCACAUGUCCUCGGCAUACGAUGGCGCGGGUGUGACCGCGGCAGGUGCAGGCGACGCGGUACCGAGCGAUGACGAGCGGGACGCGUUCGUGCACGACGAGGACACCAUGGAGAGCACGUGGUCGCCCGCCGUGCUGCACGACGGCAACGGGAAUGCGGUUACGAGUACGAGCGCUGGUGUGGUAAGCGGCGCCACUGCGGCGGGCGAGCUGGCUGGGCUGCUGGUCCCCGCACGACCUGCACCGCUUUGUGCCAGACAGGAUAACAACAGUAGGACUGAUAGCAACCGGAAUCCCAGUGAAGCUCUCGGAGCCGGAGAGAAUAGCACCAGUGGCGCGUCCAACAACAUGCCCUCCUUUAUCAUUAACGUAGUGCAGAGCAUCAACGCCGUGCAGCAACAGAACGACGUCACGCUUUGAACGUUUUUAUUUAGCAUCACAGUGUGUAACAGAAGAAAAACAUUUAACGUCGCUACAUGGCAGGCUCAGGCAACAAAAACACACACCUAAAGUGCCUUGUUUCGCUGUGCAAUAAUUACGUACAAUUGCUCAAUUUACUCAUCGAGAUUAUAAGCAUUUAUUAAUAUUGGUCAGUGGAGUGCUCCAAAUAGGUUAGUGAUAGUGCGAUUUUUUUUGCCGGUGUUUCGUGACUAAGUAUACUGCCAUUUUUAUUAAGGAUGAAUGUUUUUUCCUUUGCAGAAUUUUUAGGGGUGCUGGUUAUAUUACCGACCUCCAUGAUUAUUGUGAUUCAGAGGAUUGUUGUAUUUAUUUUCUUUUAACAAAUUGUUUUUAAAUAAGUGCGAUAUUACUUAAUAGUUUAGGUGAAGUUACGUUUAAAUAUACAUAAAAUAUAAUUAAGUGUAUAAAAUUGGUUUCUUUGUUACUAUUAGAUAAUGUAAUAAUAAAAAAAUAAUAUUGCUCAAUGUACUGGCCCUAGAAAGUCAAUACAUAAUAGAUCUUUGGCUGCUGAAGCUCUAAUCAUUUCUAAUAUGCAUAUUAUUUCGCGAGAAUAAAUAUAAAUUUUAUUUUAUAAAUAAUAAUUUAUAGCAAUUUUUAAAGCCUACAUAAUAGUCUUAAGGUUUUAGAGAAAGAAGAAUUAGUUCUGGUCUCUGAGUGCAAAAAAAGAAACUGUACUCCUAGCAAUCAAUAUUUUUUGUUCUUAUUGAACAUUAAUAUAUAAAAUUAAAACAUGCCUAAAAAGGCUAUGUGAGAUCUUCCUUAUUAUCUGUUAUUCUACAAAUUAUUAACAGUACCAAGUGUAUAAAAUAGCUAUAAUCUUAACAUAUUGUUUAAAGGAAUUUUAUUUUUCAUAGUUAAAUAACCGACGUAUUUUUAUUAAAAAAUAAUCAAAAUAUUUUUAAAGAUAACUUUGAGAAUUUUUUGUCUCUCAUUGUUUUACAUAAUAUGAUGAGCAUUUGUAAGUUUUUUCACUUUCGAUUAAGAUUUAAUGGAAUAAUACUGUUUUUAAAAUAAAUAAUUAUUGAGUUCAUUGAGAUUCAAUAAAUAAAGCAAUAAUCAUAAUAAUAUACAUUAAUCUCUCAAUGCAAGUUCUCUGAAUUAAUUUCAAUCGCACAAUAUUUUUCAGCCGUAUUAAUAUAGUAAAUGCAAGCAGUGCUAGCAUACAUGUUUGCCUAAUAAUAAUUAGGCAAAUAUGUAAAUUGGUAUUGUAGGUAUAAGGAAUGUGUUAUGGUAAGUACCUAACAUAAUCUAACCUAUAAUGUGAUAUAAGCCAUAAGGUUGAUCUGCAAAAAUCAGCUUCCUUUUGUGUAAAUUUAAUCUUGCCCUUGCAUGAAAUAAUUCAAGUAAUUAUUCUUAUAUUUUAUGAAGAAAAAUUCCAUUUUUUGUAAGCUUCAUCGAAUAAGUAAUGAAGUUUACAAAAUAUGGACAAAUAAAUUAAUACAUAUAAUUUUAUUAUUAUUAGAAAUAUAUUGUCACCGUGUAAACUCUAACUACAAAAUACAUGAACGUCGAAAUUUGUCGUAUUUUUUAAAGUUAUUAUUUUUAAAGGAAGGAAUCUGAUAUCAUUCGAAAUUGUGUCUUUUGCCAUAAAUUGCACAAAAUUAAAUUUAUUAGAUUUUGCCUAAAAAAGAGCUAAACUGGCUCACACGCGAUAUUAGUUUUAAAACGUAAUUACUUUAAAGUGAUUUAUGUUCUUAUUUUAUAGUAUGUAUGUACUAUAAGGCUUUCUAUAGUAUUUAUACAUGAUUUUUUAUACUAUGUUUUUUAUUAAUAGUUUGGUCUUUAAAUAGACAAGUGAAUAAUAAUAACAUUUGUGAUGUUUGGAAUCUUGAGACAGAUCUGAGAUGAUAUUUCUCUAUAAUUAUGUAAGUGUAACAUUUUAUUACGGCCUUAUGAAAAGUAGAGUCAUAACGCAGUCACUAUAGUGGAUGGUUUUCUUCGAAAGCAAAAAGUAAAGUGUGAUCUUAGCGUUUGUUAACAUAAAAUGUUGCACAAGGUUUACUCUGUCAGAGAUUUAUAAAUUUUAUUUCUAUAGAUAUGUUUUUUUUUAUUAAUGUAAAGUUUGUCUUCCCGGAUUAUAUAUAUGAAUAUAUAUUAAAACUAUAUUUAUAAGAACUAAUUAAAUAGCAAAAGAACAUAAAAAUAUUUUUGAAUAACAAAAUAUGUAUGCUAGGAUGAUGAUUGGCUUGCAUGCAGCUGAUUUUUUAUCUUGGCAUAAUGUCAAGUAAUUUUAGUAAACAAUAGUUGAUUACUUGUGAUUUAAGCACUACAUUUUAAAAAGUCUCUAAUACCCGCUAAUAAUACUUUCAACUUGAGGCUCAAUUAGUAUUUUAAAUUUUAUUCGUGUUAGAGAACUUUUUAUAAAUAUAUUUUGAUGAAUACAAUUGAUACACUCCUGAAUUGAUAAAAGCUAUCCAAACGAAUUUCCGAAACUCAUAAAAAUUGAUUUUGGUUUUCGGAUCUUUGAAUAGAUUGAUUUCCAUAAAUCAUAUUGUUCCUCAAAAAAAAAAUAUAAUUAAAAAUUUAAUUUUUACUAAUUUUUACAGCUUCUUAAAGCUGAGACAUUGAGAACUGAUUUAAUUAAAAAAAUAAGUUUAAAAAAAUCAUAGACUUUAAAAGUAAUUUAAUAAAACAAUGCAAAGCAAUUUAAAUUUAAAUAAAACUAGUAUUUGUGCCAUAUUGAUCAAAAUCUCUUUGAAAUAAACUGACUUUAAUAAUGUCCAAAAGCACUAAAUGUGGCAAUAGAAAUUUUUCACAAUAGGAAUAAUUAAAUUAAUAAAAUAACUAUGUAUAAACUUUUGGAUAAAUACUAUGAAUUAGAUUUAUACAACAUGCAAGAAUAUACAAAAAAAGUGCCUCAAAACAAUGAACUGUCUGUGAUGUACUUUUUUAAAAGUAAAUCGUUAUUGUUAAUAUUGUUUUAAAGUUAAGGCUAUAUUAAUGUAAAAUAUUUCCUGGUAGUUAAUUGUAGUUAAGGUAUGAGCAUGACCAAUGUUCUAGUCACGGCUCAGUGAAAAUGAUGUUUAACUUUAUAGAAGAAUGUUUUUACAAAUAAAACAAUAUUUCAACUUA